GAAAUAGGUAGUCUAGUGUCAGUGUCAUUUUCGUCAAUUGUGUUGAAUUAUCUUUAUUUAUUUAUUUAUUUUGUUUAGUUUAUGUAAGAUUUUGUAAUUUUCCAAACUUUGAAAAAAUGGCUUUGAACGUAAUAGGUGCUUUUGCCAGAAAAGGUGGUUCCCUCAGCCAAAUUGGUGUGCGAAACAUUGCAUCCCUCGCUUCUCUCCCUGAAACUCAUCAAAUGCUGUACAAAACAGUCCGUGAUUUUGCCGAGGCAGAACUGAAACCAUAUGCUGCUAAGUUUGACAAAGAACAUUUAUAUCCCAAAGAGCAGAUUCAAAAAAUGGGAGAGCUGGGUCUUAUGGCAGUAGAAGUUCCAGAAGAAUUUGGAGGAACGGGUCUCGAUUAUUUGGCCUAUGCUAUUGCGACUGAAGAAAUUUCCAGGGGUUGUGCUUCAGCUGGAGUGAUAAUGAGCGUAAACAACUCUCUUUAUCUUGGGCCCAUCCUCAAGUUUGGCAACCAGAAGCAAAAGGAACAGUUCAUAACACCCUUCACCAGCGGCUCCAAGAUUGGAUGUUUUGCUCUUAGUGAGCCAGGUAAUGGAAGUGAUGCUGGAGCAGCAUCCACCACUGCUGUUGCUAAAGGAGACAACUAUAUUAUAAAUGGCACCAAGGCUUGGAUCACUAAUGGCUAUGAGUCUGAGGCUACGGUCGUAUUUGCAACCACCGACAAGAGUAAAAAACACAAAGGAAUCAGCGCCUUCAUAGUACCUAAACCUAGCCCGGGUCUUUCCCUUGGCAAGAAAGAAGACAAGAUGGGUAUUCGAGCUUCAUCAACUUGCAGUUUAAUCUUCGAAGAUUCUUCUGUCCCCAAAGAAAACCUUUUGGGAGAACCUGGCAUGGGUUUCAAAAUUGCAAUGAUGACCUUAGAUUCCGGAAGAAUUGGUAUUGCAUCUCAAGCCUUGGGUAUUGCUCAGGCAGCUUUAGAUUGUGCUGUCGAAUAUGCAUCAAAAAGGGAAGCCUUUGGUGCACCUAUCACAAAACUACAAGCUAUUCAGCACAAGAUAGCAAACAUGUCAAUGCAGUUGGAGGCAGCUAGACUUCUGACAUGGCGAGCAGCUUACCUCAAGGAUUGUAAAAAACCCUUCACUAAGGAGGCAGCCAUGGCCAAACUAGCUGCUUCUGAAGCUGCCACUUUCGUUUCACACCAAGCCAUUCAGAUCCUUGGAGGGAUGGGGUACGUCUCCGACAUGCCAGCUGAAAGGCAUUAUCGAGACGCUAGGAUAACCGAAAUUUAUGAAGGCACAUCAGAAAUCCAAAGACUUGUUAUUGCAGCCAACAUAUACAAAGAGUACGGUCUGUGAUGUCUUAAAAUAUAUUCAGAUUUGCUCAUUCAUUAAUCAAAAGAAUAUAGUUAUUUGUGCAACUAGUGAGGCAAUUGCACUUUGCACUCGAGUUGCACAUUAUAUUUUUCCUACCGUUACCAUAAAACAAAUAAAUUGGUAAAGAAACGUAACAUAUUUUUUCACAGAAGUGAACUUUUAAUAUGACAUUUAAUGAUACAACAGUACAACAGCGGACCAGCUGAUUUACAGCCAGUGCUGACAAUGUAUUUCGCGCGUAUACGACCUUGUCUGCAUGUUACGUGCUCACUAUUUCGUGCCUUCACGUUGCAAAUCUGGAGUGAGACAAAGUAAUUACAGUGAGACAAUGUUAACAUUGUCUCACUGAUGAGCGAAUUGGCCACUUUGCUUUCUCAAAUCAGUGAGAGAACAUGUACAUUGUUAGGUAACUGUAGGAAAAAUAAAUUGCUUUGUUUCAACAAAUUCAUAUCAGAUGAUUGAGCAAAGAUGGCUAUGUUAUAUACCUAUACUCUUUCCCCAAUAUGGUGUUGUAUUUGUAACAAUCUUAUGUUGUAUUUUAAUGUAAUUAUUGUUUUAUAUGUAUGUUUAUUUUAAGAAUCCUAUAUUUUUGUAACAUUUAUAUCUGAAUUCCUAGGAUCCUAAGAUUUUCCAGGUAGCAGACCAUUAUCUUGCAAAUGCUAUAUAUUUGUUUACAAUUGUUGAAAUUUUACAAUUUUUCUGACUCUUAAAGCUAAACUCUAAGUUGUCAAAAGCAAAUUUCUCUUUUCUAGACAACAAAUUUCCCAGGAUUUAGAUUUUACUCAAUAGUUAAUUUCUCUACCUAUUGUUUGUCAGAUGCAUUUUUGCUGCUCAAUAUAUAUUAUAUAAGAAUUCUCCUAAGGAUACUUUGACCAGAAGUAGUGUGUCUUUUCCGAGUAUACUUUAUUGAAGACUGAUCAUUUUAAACUGAUUUGAAGGUGUUAUUGUUUUUAUUAAUUUGUUUCACAUGUUAAUUUUAUUGGUGUUUUUGUAGAUCAUAAAGUAUAUGUAAAUGAGAGCUUCCAAUGUUCAAAGAUUUGUGAAUUUCUCACUCAGUACAACGUUAGCUUCUAUGUCUAUGGAUCUACAAAAUAAAAUAUGUAGCUCAAUAAGUAGAAAGAGUAGAGAAACCCCUGGUUUUAAGGCUUUAUAAUUAAAUAAUUGUGCUUGUAAUGAGAGAGAGUGGUGUGCAAUAUUAAAUAUAUUAGAGCAAUAUUAGAGUAAUGUGCCAUAUACUAUUCAAGUUAUGACACAUUAGUAAUACAAAGUACUGGGUGUUUUUCAAACACAACUCAUAUUACAAGUAGAUACCAUAAUACACUGACAACGACAAAAGAGCUCAAAUUUUGGUAACCCUUUAUUCUACAUAUCAUUGCAAAUUAGCUGAUAUGCAUGAUUGCAUAGUUAUACAGAAUGGAAAAAAGUCCCUGGACGGUUAAAUAUUUCAAAAAGUAAUAAAGAUACAGGUUCAAAACUUGGUUCACAGUUACUGGGCAUUAAAAUAAUUUUAUCACGUUAUUCAGUGAUGUGGUACCUCCUCAGGCGGAUGACCCGCUAAUAGUCAAAAGAAAAUCUUAAAUGUAAGCAUAGGUUUAUAUCAAACCCGAACUCAAAUGGGCAAUCGAAUAGAUAAUUACAGCUAUUCAAAGAUGCAUUGAAUUUGCAGUGCUAUUAUAUGCUACCACCUCAAGGGGCAUAGCUAGAGUUGCUAUUAUACGCUAGAAGUCGCAAGAAAAUAAUAAACAAAUUUCUUUAUUAGAAUACAUUGCCGCAAAUUUGAGCUCAAAAGAACGACUCAGUAAAAAAUGGUAGCCGUUCAAAGGUUCAAGAAAUCUUUGCACGGCUGCCAUUUUUGACUCAGUUGUCCGUUUGAAUUAAGUUAAGUAAACAGGAAUACCAUCAUAUGAGAUGUUUUGUUGUUUAGAAGUAUAUCAUGGUAGUUGUAAUUAUUUGAUUGUGUUAAAAAAAACACCCUACAAUAUAUAUGGAUGGCCUUUGCAGGCAGAAAAACUUUAGUUUAUCUCCAUCACAUUUAACGUUGUUCCCAAGUAUAGUGCAUUUGUAUGUAGGUGUCUGUUUAAACAAUUUGAUUUUUUUUUAAUGGGAGCAUUCCUCAGGUAACAUAGAUACAAGAAGACAAAAAUAUUGUAUUUACCAACUAAGAAAAUCAAUGCACUGGCCUCCAGCACAUACCAAAAUGUACCCGAUAUAGUUUAAUUCCAAUUAAGUUAGUCUUUCUGAUGUAUGUAAGGGCUGAAUAUGUGUGUGUUCCCAGUUGUGAUUUCCUCCUCUUUCUCGUCCAUCUCAGCCAUUGAGGUACCUAUCCCCCCUCUAAACCCUAUCUCAACCUAAGUUGAGGCAGACUACCUGGGAAAAGAGGGUCGAACAGGACAAUGCCUAGGCUGACCCUCUCGACCCUUAGAGUAAAUCCCAUUAACCACUCCUCACUGAAUACUCCACUUAAAAGUAAAAAAUAUUGAAUAAUUGAAAAUAUAAUAAAUUCGGUAUAUUCCAAAAAUAAUAUAUUUAAAGUGAUCAUUUAAUUACAACAGGUUACAUACCUCCACAUUCACAAUUCCUCAGUCGAACUUCUGUUGACUACUUAGUAGUCAUUUUCAAAACAAACUUUAAAAUAUUCGAUUAACGUCAAAUUUUCUUGAAUAGAUUAAACACACAUACAUAACACGGUAGACAUUUAAUAUAGUUGGCCAGCUGGCACACGUCACUGAACUCAAAACGUAUGCAUAGCUGCGAUGAACUCAGUGACGUGUGCCGGCCGGCCAACUAUGUUAAAUGUCUACCGUGUUAUGUAUGUGUGUUUAAUGUAUUCAAGAAAAUUUGACGACAUCCAAUGAAUCGAAUAUUUUAACAGUUGUUUUGAAAAUAAGUACUUUGUAAUCAAAACUAGUCAACAGAAGUUCGACUGAGGAAUUGUGGAUGUCAAGGAACGUAACCUGUUAUAAUUGAUUACUGACUCCGAAAGGCUUCUUUCUACAUGAAUAAAUUAUCAUUUAACGUAUAUUUUCAUGUUUGUCCUAUGCAAAUCGAUCGACCUAAGGUAUUCAAACAAACUUUUCCCCUAAUAACUUAAUACAAUAUUUUAUUUUAAAAUUACAAAUUAAUACGUCCGUAUUAAUAGCUAAUUGUGUAGUAAUUACAAAAUGGUAUGCGAUUUGCUAGUUCAUAUGUUACAGUAAACUUUCUCUCUGCGUUAGGAAAAUUUUAUGUAUGCUAGAAAAAACAGAAUGCAGAAACAAAAUUAUACCCUGGCCGAAGAACUUCCUGCCGAGUAACACUACGGAGACUCUCUUGUACGUAAAACUGUAAACAAAUAUAAAUAAAUACAAAAAUUUUAAAAAAAUUAACAAAGGUCUGACCAAAACUUUAAAUCUGCCUCUAGCAAUCUCAAGGCUGGAAAAAGAAUUAUUUAAUGAGUAAAUAGCCACGUGUAGUUGUUAUGGAGUCGUUUUUAAAAAGGAUUGAAUUCAUUCAUUGCAACUCAGUGGCAGUUUCUUGCACUCUUUCGAUUAAGGCGACAUGGAGACAUGCGGUGGGCUACUAACUUUAGAAUAACAGCUUUUGAGUUGAAAAGGAAUCUGGCAGGCCGUCCAAAGUCAGAUUGGACGCCAGACAACUUAACAUUCGGUAGAGUUUGUGCUGCUGUGGAAAACAGUUUUCGUAGGCCCGCCCAAAAACAAGCGGCUGCUUUGAAAAUGUCUGACCUGUGAUUUUUUUUCUGUGAUAACCUAAAAUUCAUUAUUUUCAGAUAUACGGAAUUAUUAUAUUUUCAGAUAUACGGAAUUAUUAUAUUUUCAAUUAUUCAUUAUAUUUCAACUUAUAAGUGGAGUAUUCAGUGAGCGAGGGUUGGGAGGGUCCAGGCUAGCCAUUGUCCUGUUCCACCCUUGGUCAGGUAGUCUGCCUCAACUUAGGCUGAGACAGCCUUUAGUUAUCCCAUGUACAUUGUCCUUUACAAGAAAUACCUACUCUUACAGUCUCCUCUAUCGAUAAGUUUGAAACUACGUGUUAUUUAGAGUUAGUUCAGUAUUAAUUUACACUAUGAAUUGCAUGACUAUCAGUAUGAUUGUGGCAAAAGCAAAAGUAUGCCUGUGGUUUUGAUUGAGCUAUAUCAUUUAAACGAACACCUGAAUAUUUGUCUGUAUACUCCUUAAAACCAGGGAUGAGUUGCCAGAGUAUAAAAAUUAUGCAUACAUAUUUGUUUAAAAUGGUUUAUUAGAACUUUUGACAUUAGCUGGCAAUUAAAUGAAAUGUAUAUUUUGUAGUUUUUUAAUUGGAACUGAUUAAAUAUUAUUAUGUAUUGUGUACAUGAUUAUAUUUUAAAACUAA